AAGUUUUGGUCAAAACAAUAGCAAACAGUGCCCUUGCUUGUUACCAUAAAUUCUUCACAAGUUUGUGGAUUAUUUGCAUUGCGUAGAAGGGGGUACAAAUUACGACGUUUGUCUCUGAUCGGGAAAGCAUUUUAUGUAUAAACUCGUCUCAAGCUUUUUAAAUGAGUCUGAACACUUUGGCUGCUGCAGCAAGUUUUGUCGAAGCGCAAAGUAAUAAGAGCGAGGUUGACACACGUGAAAAUUCAUCGAAACGUCUAAUUAGUUCUCCAACAUCUGACUCGGAUUGUGAAAAAGACAAGAGACGGCCAGGAGGAGCAGGGACGCGUGAAAUUCAUAACAGACUCGAGAAAAAUCGACGGGCUCAUUUAAAAGUAUGUUUUGAAACUUUGAAGAAAGAGAUUCCAACCUUGGAUGACAAAAGAACUUCGAAUUUAAGCAUCCUCAAGAGUGCUCUCCGAUACAUAGAAAAUUUGGAGAAAAAGGCCAAAGAAGUGACAAAGGAAAAGGAAGAACUAAAAAAACACAACUUGAGUUUACGAGAACGACUGAGAACUUUGAGGAAUGAGAUUAAAGUUCUUCUAGAUGCCUCAACUGGCAUGAAACAAGAUAUUUCAAAAACAUCUGUGUCAUUUUGCCCUCUCCAGAAAAUGCAAAUGCAGCUGUAAUUAAUAAAUUGCCAGAACCUGUUGCAAUGGCAAUAUUACCAUCCAACCCCAAAUCUCCUAGUACUUGCGAAGAUGAAGAGGUUUAUGUUGAUGAUGAUCUAGAGUCUUGACACUUGUCAAGGGCUUCACAGGUGACGAAAUAUUUGCAUAGCAAUGAUUAUCACUUUGCUAUGAUGAAAAAAGAUAGCCAUUAGUGUAUACUCAUAUCACUUAAUAGCACACCCUUGUUGACAAUGUUUGUUUUGAUUGCCCAGUAAUAGCCACUUCCUUUUUUACAAGUACUUUUUGACAAAGCAGUCAAGCUUUUUUUCAUUUUGGCAAUUUUUAUGAUUAGUAGCGUUUGUGUUUACUGUGGGACAACUUAACUUGUAGAACUAUACAUUUCUAAAACAAUGAAUAAUAGUAAUUAUUUAAAAUUUACAUAGCGGGAGUAAAUCUACAGGCUGGCUACGCUACUGUUUAUGGUGGAACAUACGUCUAAAAGAAUUUUUGCUAAAAUGUUUCUCCAACUUUAGAAAAUGAAUAUUCAUUUUUAUGUAAAUUAAUUGCACAUUCCUAUUGUCAGUUUUAUGACACUAAACUCAAGUCUCAAAUUGUCCUUUUAGUGUUAUUCACAAAUUAUGAUAUAUUGACACAAAAAUUCAAGGGACUUCAAUUUGUUAACCAGUUAAAAACAAGUUUUACUCAUGUAAAUACAUCAAAUAAAAUAACUAAAUUUAAUUAAAUGAGUUUGUUACAAACAAUGC